AUGUCUAACUCAAAGGGCAUCGCAUUGAUAACUGGUUCUGCUCAGGGAAUCGGUCGUAGCAUCGCUCUGCGGCUCGCACAAGAUGGCUUUGACAUUGCUCUCAAUGAUGUACCCACCAAGGGUCCCCAACUGGAAUCGGUAGCGACUGAGAUCAAAAGCUUAGGGAGACGAGUCUGUAUUGUUCCCGCUGACGUGACUGUCGACGAACAAGUCAAAGAAAUGGUCGACGGUGCUGUUACCAAACUUGGUGGAUUGGACGUCAUGGUUGCUAAUGCUGGAGUGGCGACAGGCGGCUCGCUUCUAUCCUCAACUGUAGAGUCGUGGGACCAUAAAAUGGCAGUAAAUGCCCGUGGACCUUAUCUCUGUUACAAGUAUGCUGCCAUGCAGAUGAUUGACCAGGGGCGUGGCGGUCGCAUCAUCGGUGCGAGCUCACUCCUGGGGAAAAUGGCCUUCCCCUACAGUUGCUCGUAUGCAGCGAGCAAAUUUGCAGUUCGAGGGCUGACUCAAGUCGCAGCUCUUGAGCUCGGCAAAUAUGGGAUCACUGUAAAUGCGUAUGCUCCUGGCUGGAUACCGACUGAUAUGAGUAAGUCAGCCAAGGGUGUCAUGGAUGAGUCUGGGAAGAUGAAUUUUGCAACAUAUAUUGACGAUCCUGUCUCAAGGAAAUGGUGUACGUCGGUACUUGAGAAUAUUCCUAUCAAGGAUGUUGGACAGCCCGAAGAUAUAGCUAGCAUUGUAAGCUAUCUCGCGUCGAAGGAAGCGCACUUCAUUACCGGUCAAUGUAUUUCCGUCGAUGGGGGAAUCAGCAUGACCUGA